AGGCGUGCAUAGAAGAGCUGGGUUCCUCGCGCCUCCAUAUAGCAACAUUCAGCUGGUGGGAACAGUCGCGAGGUGCCGCACACUGGCGACCGAUUCCAUGGCAACAGCAAUGGCAGAAGUCGAGACGCGUCAGAGGUUGCUGCGUACCGUCAAGAAAGAGGUGAAGCAGAUCAUGGAGGAGGCUGUCACCAGGAAGUUUGUUCACGAAGACAGCAGCCACAUUGUCUCCUUCUGUGCUGCUGUGGAGGCGUGUGUGCUACACGGGCUGAAGAGGCGUGCCGCAGGGUUCCUGCGCAGCAACAAGAUCGCUGCUCUCUUCACCAAGGUGGGGAAGAGCUUCACCCCCGCAGAGGAGCUCUGCAAGAAGGCUCAGGAGCUGGAGCAGCUCGUAGAGAACAAACGAAGCCAGACCCUGCCCAGCCAGGACAGUUUGCGCCGGCUUCCCAAGUUCCCUCUCCUCAGCCCCCAGCUCGUCAAACACCUGUGGAUCCGCACGGCCCUCUUCCAGAAGGUUCUGGACAAGAUCGUGCUGUACCUGGUGGAGAACAGCAGUAAGUUCUACGAAAAGGAGGCUGUUCUAAUGGACCCUGUGGAUGGCCACAUCCUGGCGUCUUUGUUAGUGGGUCCGUGUGCUCUGGAGUACACCAAGAUGAAGACGGCCGACCACUUCUGGACGGACCCCUCAGCUGACGAACUGGUACAGCGUCAUCGCAUUCACAGCGGCCACUGCAGACAGGACUCUCCCACCAAGAGGCCCGCGCUGUGUAUCCAGAAGAGACACUCAAGCAGCAGCAUGGACGAGCGCCCGUCGCCUUCGCCCUCAGCCAGAGACUACGUGGAGUCCCUCCAUCAGAACAACCGCGCCACGCUGCUGUUCGGCAAGAACAACGUCCUCGUACAGCCGAGGGACGACAUGGAGGCCAUUCCAGGAUACCUCUCUCUCCAUCAGACCGCAGAGGUCAUGACCUUGAAGUGGACACCCAAUCAGCUGAUGAACGGCUCUGUGGGAGACCUGGACUACGAGCACAGUGUUUACUGGGACUAUGCCAUGACCAUCCGCCUGGAGGAGAUUGUCUACUUGCACUGUCAUCAGCAGGUGGACAGUGGAGGGACGGUGGUGCUGGUAAGCCAGGACGGCAUCCAGAGACCCCCCCUGCACUUCCCCCGGGGAGGACACCUGCUGCAGUUCCUCUCCUGCCUGGAGAACGGCCUGCUGCCACACGGACAGCUGGACCCCCCGCUGUGGUCGCAGAGGGGAAAGGGGAAAGUUUUCCCUAAGUUGCGUAACAGGUGUCCUCAGGGCUCGGCGGAUUCCGUCUCGGAUAAGGAGGAGGAUGAGGCCACAGAUUACGUCUUCCGCAUCCUGUUCCCCAACAGCCAAUCAGAGUUCGUGCCUCUCUCUGACCUGCUGGACCAAGGCUCUUCCAUGUGGACUCCCACAGCCAGGAAGACAUCCUGCUCUUCCUGCUCCCAGGGCAGCUGCUCUGACGGAGGCCCACCCAACGGCUGCAACCACGAGAGGUCACGCCACACACACACAGGCGCCCCCCUGAAGGCGCUGUGCGACAACAUGAAGUACCAGAUCAUCUCCCGGGCUUUCUACGGAUGGCUGGCCUACUGCCGUCACCUGUCCACCGUGAGAACCCACCUAUCUGCCUUGGUCAAUCACUCCAUCGUGACCUCCGACCUGCCCUGCAGCGCGGUGGGAGGGCUGACCACAGAGGUGUGGGAGCGCUUCCUCCAGGACUGCAACGCUUAUGAGGAACGGGAGCUGCUACGUCUGGUGUAUUACGGGGGGGUGGAGCCCUCGCUGCGCAGGGAGGUGUGGCCCUUCCUCCUGGGACACUACCAGUUCACCAGCUCCCCGGCCGACAGGAAGGAGGUGGACGAGCAGGUGCGCGCGUGCUACGAGCAGACCAUGAGCGAGUGGCUGGGCUGCGAGGCCAUCGUGCGGCAGAGGGAGAAGGAACAGCACGCCGUGGCCAUCGCUAAGUGCUCGUCCCUUGCCAGCGUGGACAGCCCCAUCGCCGGCAUGGUGCACCGGGACUCCACCGUUAGCAACGAGUCGUCUCAGAGCUGUGGCUCGGACCGCCAGAGCGUGGCUCGCCUGCAGAGUGACUCCAGUAGCAGCACGCAGGUGUUUGAGUCCGUGGAGGAGGUGGACCAGAUCGAGACAGAGCCCCGUAGCGAGGAGGCCAAGCCGCCGCCCAAGAUCCCCAACGGAGCGCUCCAGAACGGGGCCACCUCCCCUGACUCCGGCCACCCCUCCUCCCGGAACUUCUCUGUGACCUCUGGCCUCUCAGAAGGUUCUCUGAGCACGGAGGACAGCGCUGCGCCCGCCGCCACGCCCAGAACCACCAUCACCGCCGUGCCUCCCCUGCCCCCGGCAGCACAGGCCAAGAGCCCAGGGAAAGCCCACACGGGGGCUGAAGGGGAGAAGCCCAAUCCUGAAGCUACGAGCGUGCUGGUGGUGGAGAGAGGCCCCGAGACCAGCUCCACGCUGGAUAAGGAGGAGGAUGUAGUGGGGGAGGGGGCCUCCGAAGCCACCAAAGACACAGAGAGCGACAUCACAACAGUGCUGGAUCUGGAAACAGACAGAGAGACGGAGGUAGCAGCGUGGAAGGCGGCAGACUCAGACGUAGCGUCGAUCGACGAAGACAAGACUUGCGACACAGUCCGUCCUGCAGAGGCAGUCCUGGCGACAGCCUGUGAAGAAGAUGGUGAGAAGAGCGUGACCGAGGACACAGCUGUGGAUUCAAAAACAGACGAGCCAAAACUGGUGGACGCUUCAGAAAGUCAAACGCCUCACACAGACCGGACUUUACCUCAGGAUGGAGAGACUGACGGGCUGUCUGACUCGGGGACGAGAGCGGCGGGAUCGGAGCGGAGCGAGUUGUCCGUAGAGUCCCAAGCUCCCAAGGAGGAUAACGUACCUGCUGUACCAAAGGAGGAAGUGACAUCAGCUAUAGAAUCGAGUGAACCAAAAGAGGAUGUGACAUCGGUAGAGUCAGGGGAAGCGAAAGAGGAAAUGACAUCAUUAAUAAAGUCAGGUAAAGAGGAUAAGACAGAGUUUGUGGUGCCAGAAGGGGACAAGAGUUUGAUAGCAGGAGCAACAGAUAAUCAAACUCCAGAAACAGGAAGUGAGGAAGCAAGGAGUGAUGAACCGCUGACAGUUAAGGUUGCUAUGGAGAUUACCGAGACAGAAAUCCUGGAGGAAGAAGCAGCCAAAUCUGAAGAGGUGGGAGAAGCUAUCAUGGCUGAGACCCAAAAUGAGAAGGUUGUGACCCAGGAAGAGGAAGUUGUGACCCAGGAAGAGAAGGUUGUGGCCCAGGAAGAGGAAGUUGUGACCAAGGAAGAGAAGGUUGUGACCAAGGAAGAGAAGGUUGUGACCCAGGAAGAGGAAGUUGUGACACAGGAAGAGAAGGUUGUGACCAAGGAAGAGAAGGUUGUGACCCAGGAAGAGAAGGUUGUGACCCAGGAAGACAAGGUUGUGACCCAGGAAGAGGAAGUUGUGAUCCAGGAAGAGAAGAUUGUGACCCAGGAAGAGAAGGUUGUGACUCAGGAAGAGAAGGUUGUGACCCAGGAAGAGGAAAUUGUGACCCAGGAAGAGAAGGUUGUGACCCAGGAAGAGAAGGUUGUGACACAGGAAGAGAAGGUUGUGACCCAGGAAGAGGAAGUUGUGACCCAUGAAGAGAAGGUUGUGACCCAGGAAGAGGAAGUUGUGACCCAGGAAGAGGUAGUUGUGACCCAGGAAGAGAAGGUUGUGACCCAGGAAGAGAAGGUUGUGACCCAGGAAGAGAAGGUUGUGACCCAGGAAAAGAAAGCUGUAACUCAGGAAGAGAAAUGUGUUACUCAGGAGGAGGAAGUUGUGGCCCAGGAAGAGGAUGUUUUGACUCAGGAAGAGGAAGCUCUAACUCAGGAAGUGAAAGUUGUGACCCAGGGAGGGCAAGCUGUGACUCAGGAACAAGAAGUUGUGACUCAGGAAGAGGUAUCUAUGAACCAGGAACAGGAAGCUGUGAAAGUGGAUACGACUGAGAAAUCCCAUAAGCCAGGAGAGGAAACAAAAACAGAGAAAGCAACAAUGCAGUCCAAGUCCCUAGAAACCGAGAAGAACCUCACUGCCUCAGCAGAAACCAGGGUGCCAAGAGCUUUGGAGUGCUCAGGUGUCGCUCAGAGCGACAAGGUGCCCUCUGCCACAGAAUCCGACGAGUCUCCGUCAGCGAUAGAGAUGGAGGACAUCCCCACAGCCAAACCCCCCAUGGCCUCUGGGAACAGGAAGGAGAAGGGAGAGAUCUCCGGAGCAGAGGGGGGCUUCUCUGUCCCCCACCUGGACCUGAGACAGGAGGAGGAGCAGAGGCGGAAGGCCAGCCCGGAGGGCCCCGACUCCAUCCUGGCCGUGGAGCCAGAGAGCCUCUUCCCCCAGCUCGGCUCGCUGGCCGUGGGGAGCGACCUGAAGUACGAUGCCACCUCUCCGGUGCCCUCCAUCGGAACCACCUACUCUCAAGAGCUUCUGGACCUGUACACGCUAAACCUGCAUCGCAUCGAGAAGGACGUCCAGCGCUGCGACAGGAACUACUGCUACUUCACUCCUGCCAACCUAGAGAAGCUACGGAACAUCAUGUGCAGCUACGUGUGGCAGCACCUGGAGAUCGGAUACGUGCAGGGCAUGUGUGACCUGCUGGCUCCUCUGCUCGUCAUCCUGGAUGACGAGGCCAUGGCCUUCAGCUGUUUCUCUGAGCUCAUGAAGAGGAUGAAUCAGAACUUCCCCCACGGAGGAGCCAUGGACACCCACUUCGCCAACAUGCGCUCCCUCAUCCAGAUCCUUGACUCUGAACUAUUUGAGCUCAUGCACCAGAACGGAGACUACACCCACUUCUACUUCUGCUACCGCUGGUUCCUUCUGGACUUCAAGCGAGAGCUGGUGUACGAUGAUGUGUUUGCUGUCUGGGAGACCAUCUGGGCGGCAAAAUACGCCUCCUCCAGUCACUUUGUGCUCUUCAUUGCCUUGGCCCUGGUGGAGAUAUACAGGGACAUCAUCCUAGAGAACAACAUGGACUUCACUGACAUCAUCAAGUUCUUCAAUGAGAUGGCAGAGCACCACAACAGCAGGCAGGUGUUGACCCUGGCCCGGGACCUGGUGUGGAAGGUGCAGACGCUCAUCGAGAACAAGUGAUCCAGCGUCCUGGUCUCUCUCCCCUGCCCGGCCUCCAUCCCUCCUCUGGCCUCUCUCCCCUGCCCGGCCUCGCUCCCUCCUCUGGCCUCUUCUGGCCUCUCUCCCCUGCCCGGCCUCCAUCCCUCCUCUGGCCUCUCUCCCCUGCCCGGCCUCCAUCCCUCCUCUGGCCUCUCUCCCCUGCCCGGCCUCCAUCCCUCCUCUGGCCUCUCUCACCUGCCUGGCCUCGCUCCCUCCUCUGGCCUCUCUCCCCUGCCCGGCCUCCCUCCCUCCUCUGGCCUCUUCUGGCCUCUGUCCCCUGCCCGGCCUCCAUCCCUCCUCUGGCCUCCUCUGGCCUCCUCUGGUGUCUCUAUGUGUUUACUGGCAGCAGAUUGCAGUGGGUCUCUUCACUAUGCUGCCCCCCUACAUCCGUCCAUGGCUGUCCUGUGUUUACAUCUCCACACCAUUUCCCUCUGACCACCUUACUAAUGUGCUGCCGGCCGGUGUGUAAACUAGCACAAUAAGCUGUACUGGUCCUCUGAAAUUUCAGGUGAUGGAUGAAAUAGCAAAGACAUGUUGUAUUAGGCUUUUGUCCCCCCAGUUAUUAUGUUGGUUAGUGAAAUUGUCGUUUUUAAUUGUGUGUCUGUCUUAAUCCAAGCUCGUCUCUUUUCGUCAAUUCCAACUCAUCUCUGGUUAAGUUUCUCAAUAGCUCACAAAGAUUUGGCCAAUUAACUUGUCAUUACCUAGGAAACAGACAAAACCAGUUACUGCCCAGAAAGAACUUUAGCGUAGAAAACCUGUUAAAUAACAUGUAAUUUACGCACACACAGCCUGAUACACAGACCGAUCCACAGCACAGCCAAGCUUCUUGUAUUUGAGUACUAGUUUUAUUAGAUUGUCUUCGUCUCCUGUAAGCUGUGGUAAACAGCAAAACAGCUUAAAUGUAAAUGUUUCCAUUAUCCAGGAUGUAGCAGCCAUUCAAAACACUACUUGUAAGCCUACUGAAAAUCUUACUUCAGACAGUACACAAAUCCAGUGUUGGUGAUUCAGUAAUGGGCAGAGUUUGGAUUGUUUCCAAUUAUUUAUUGCCUUGGUACUUUGUUUGUCUUUGUUUACUGUUGUGUGUGAGUUGUGUUGGAAAUGAAUAGGGUUUAAUCAUAAUCAAGAUGUAUACUAUAUUUAUGAUACAUAGAGAAAAACAUAUAUGAUGUACAUGUGAGUUAUUGUUCUUCAGGCAGAAGUGGAUGCAAAAAGCAACCAUUUCAAUUAUAUACAGUAAAACAGUGCUCUUAAUUAUUUUAUUUUUUUCAUCCAGUUAGCCGUUGUAUAUUCUGUAAAUGGUGUUGCUUUACUCUGUACCUAGUAUUGUGAUGACCAUAUUUAUAUUAUUUGAAAUAACCAGGAUGCUAUUUUAAGGAGUGCUAUCUUUUGUGUGUAAAGGUGAAGGAGAGCGGAAUCAUCCACUCUUGCAAAAUGUUGAAUAUAAUGUUGAUCAGGAAGCAAAUAUUAGCCUAUUGCUCCUCACGAAAAUUCUGACAGAUAUUAGAGUGUUGCCUAAGUAGCUUGUUAAGAUGUUAGGGGGGGGGGGGGUUCUAACUGUGCUUUAAAACUCAAAUGAAUACGUAUUGUAGUGAAUGUUAUCUCUUAAGAGCAUCACCACUGUGUGUCCUUGCAUAGAUCUCCUCUUGGUGAUCCAGAGUUGUGUCAUGAAUGUGUUGAGAUUAACUGAAGUAUUGGUGGAUCUCAGUGAAUGCAAACUGCUGUUGCCCUACAGUAGAAAACCAAACAGUUUGAUUAUAUUGUAACAUCUAUUUAUUUGCUGGCACAUUUUUAUUUAUUUAUUUAUUUACUCUUCUGCUUUUUGUAUGUAAAGCUGAAAUCACUUGUGGUCAGAAAGUGUGUUGACAACAAUCAAGUCUAAUUACAAGAAAACACUAUAUAUUAAAUGGUAUAUGUAUUUAUUAAAAAAAGAAUAAAAAUGGAAUAAUUCUUAUUUUUCCAAACGCUUA